AUGCAGAUUCCAUUGCUUCGUUUACAAUGCGGCGUCAACAGUUACGACUGGGGCAAGGUUGGCGAGACGUCUGCUGCAGCCCGUUAUGCGGCCACGACUGCAGCACCAGAAUUUUUGAUUGAGGCUGAGAAACCUUACGCUGAGCUAUGGAUGGGUACCCACCCCUCUCUGCCUUCGAAAGAUGUCGAAACCCAGCGUACCCUCCUCGACCUUGUCCAAGAUAACCAAGCAUUGCUGUCAUCGGAGAUCAGUGAACGCUAUGCGGCUCGACUCCCUUUCCUCUUCAAGGUGCUCUCUAUCCGUAAAGCACUGAGCAUCCAGGCCCACCCCAAUAAGAAGCUUGCUGAGCAGCUGCAUGCGCGGGACUCAAAGAACUACCCCGAUGACAACCACAAGCCCGAGAUGACCAUUGCCAUUACACCGUUCGAGGGACUCUGUGGGUUCCGCCCACUCGCCGAGAUCGUACACUUCCUGCAAGCAAUCAAGCCUCUUCGCGACUUAAUUGGAGAAAACGUGACAAGCGAGUUUGAGACGACUGUACAAGGAAAUGAAAACUCCGAGGAUGAUGCUGUGGUGCAGCGCAACAAAGACGCCUUGCGCGUCCUGUUCAGCUCCCUAAUGGAGUCAUCUUCCGAGAAGAUCGAAGCCGCAUCAAAGGACCUGGUCGCAUUGGCAGAGAGCUCAUCAGCGACCUUCGGUACAUUGUCCGGAGAGGUUGAGACCAAUCCGAGCAACCCUGAAGAAUUAGCCUCCAUCAUCCAGCGACUCGAUGGACAAUUCCCCAACGACAUUGGUCUGUUUGUUUUCUUCUUCCUUAACUUUAUCAAGCUAGAGCCCGGUGAGGCGAUGUUCUUGAAGGCCGAUGACAUUCACGCCUACGUGUCUGGAGACAUCAUUGAAUGCAUGGCAUCAUCCGACAAUGUCAUGUUGACGUACUCGUACGCCCCUAUCGAGGAGCAGAAGCUCCGUCCUGUGGACUAUCCCUACACAGUCUUCAAUGCGACAGCUUACUCAAGUGCUUCAUCAUCUUUGCUGUACGACCCUCCCAUCGAGGAGUUUAGUGUGGUCAAGACCGAUCUGAACCGGACUGGCGCCAAGGCAACCUUUGACCCGAUUGUCGGACCUAGCAUCUUGAUCUGUACCUGUGGCAAGGGCACGAUUUCUGUGGGCCCUAAGACUGAGGAGGUACAGGAGGGCAAUGUCUUCUUCAUCGGGGCAGACGCAGAGUGUGUGAUCGUGAACUCUGGAAGUGGAGAGGGCGAGGAGAAUGUCUUUACAACAUACAAGGCAUUCUGUGAACUGGACGCUUCUCUUGGCCGAGCGAAUCUGUGA